GGGGAGGAAACGUGAGGAAUGGCUGAAAGCUGACUGUGUUUUCACAGGAAACAAAUCACAAGAAGCAAAGAUAGUGCGAAUACGGCGCAGCUUAUGCUUUUGUCGCGGUUUAAAAACCUGCGCGGUGAUUGUCGAAUUCAAGGAAACUCCGUGGAGCCUGGUUCCCUGCUUUAAUGGGACACCGAAAACGUAAAAAAGCGAAAGGUGUUGAUCUGUUUACCGUGGUGCCGCUUGGUUGUACGGAGCUCCCACUCUACGAGGAAUUAACAUUGACGGGCAAAUUUCGAUUAUUCUUGGCUGAAAUUCAGUUCGGUUUUCUUUUAAACAACACAAAGCUCAAGCAAAGAGUGAUAAGGGAGUAUGUGUUUCUUUUUGCAGAGACUGGAUCGUGAAGAGGGAUUUUCAUUUUUAGAUGAUUUAUGAGUAGCUAAACGAACUCAUGGAUUUUUCCGUUAAACAUUGAUACAAAUGAGGUAACCUGUAUAGGAGGUCUGUAUUUUCCGCAGCCUAAUAAAAGGGGGAAGCUAAAUCUACUAUUUUUAAUAAAAGAGAAGAAGAAAGACUCGUUUUGAUCAACAGAACCCAAAUACGAAAAUGCGCUUGUUGAUCAUUCGGAUAUUACUGUCGGGAUGGUAUUUAAUAUGUGGCAGUGCUGCUGGACAAGGGCAAUCUACUCCAGCUCUUUGCUCGACUUCGUGUCGCUGCGACGGAGACGGAGGUGCUGAUUGCUCCGGCAAAGGACUCGCAGCCGUUCCAACAGGACUAAGCGCUUUCACUUACUAUUUGGAUAUCAGCAUGAACAACAUCACAGAGCUCCCAGAGAAUGUCUUCAAAAACUUCCCAUAUUUGGAAGAAUUGCGGCUUGCUGGAAAUGAUCUGACCUACAUCCAUCCAGAGGCUCUAUCUGGCCUGCACCAGCUGAAAGUCCUGAUGUUGCAGAACAACCAGCUGAAGACUGUACCCAGCCUGGCUCUGAAAAGCCUUCACUCCCUCCAGUCUCUGCGGUUAGAUGCCAACCACAUCACAGUGGUGCCAGAGGACAGCUUUGAGGGGCUGCAGCAGCUACGCCACCUAUGGCUGGAUGACAACAGCCUUACAGAGGUGCCAGUGGGACCACUUAGCCACCUGGGCAACCUGCAGGCUCUGACUUUGGCCCUUAACCGCAUCUCCUACAUUCCCGAUAACGCCUUUGCAAACCUCUCAAGUCUGGUAGUGCUGCAUCUUCACAACAAUAAGAUCAAGGAGAUUGGAAAGAAUUGCUUUACUGGCCUGGACAACCUAGAAACACUGGAUUUGAACUUCAACAACCUGGUGACAUUUCCAGAGGCCAUCCAGGCACUUCCCAAACUGAAGGAACUUGGAUUUCACAGUAACAACAUCGCAGUCAUCCCAGAGAGAGCUUUUCAUAGGAACCCUUUACUCCGUGCGAUCCACCUGUAUGACAAUCCUCUCUCAUUUGUCGGUACCUCCGCUUUCCAGAACCUGUCAGAUUUGCAUUCUCUGAUGCUGCGUGGAGCUAGCAUGAUGCAGGCUUUCCCCAGUCUCACUGGAACAGUCAACCUGGAGAGUCUAACACUGACUGGGACAAAAAUCAGUACCAUCCCAGCUGGGCUUUGUGAGGAACUGAAACUGUUGAGAACCUUAGAUCUCUCCUACAAUGAAAUAAAGGAGCUGCCAGGCUUUCAAGGCUGUUUUAAGCUUGAAGAAAUAACCCUGCAGCACAAUCGUAUCCAGGAAAUCCAUGGGGACACCUUUCAAGGACUGACUUCCUUGCGCAUCCUAGACCUCAGCAGAAAUGAAAUCAAGUCAAUUCACAAAGAUGCAUUCUUCUCUUUGUCAGCUCUUACAAAUCUGGACUUGAGUCUGAACUCUCUGAGCAGUGUGCCGACGACAGGGCUGAAUGCGCUGACCCAGCUCAAACUGUCCGGGAACCUGCAGAUGAAAACGGCCCUUGCAGCCAAGAAUCUACCCAAACUCAGGUCAAUAUCUGUUCCCUAUGCUUAUCAAUGCUGUGCUUUUGUUGGAUGCGAUACCCUUGUGAGUGCAACUGAGGAAGAUGAGAGGAAAAAAGAUGUGAGCACCCAAGUCACGGGAGGGGAAGAAGAAAGUGAGAGGGUUCAGCUCACCAUGCACUGCUCUCCUUCUCCAGGAGCUUUCAAGCCCUGUGAGCAUCUCCUGGGCAGCUGGAUGAUCCGCCUGACAGUGUGGUUCAUCUGCCUUGUGGCGCUGGUCUUCAACACCCUGGUGCUGGCAGCCACAUUCUCCCCUGGUCGGGUGCUGUCUCCUGCCAAGCUGCUUGUCGGGUUACUGGCAGCCUCCAACCUGCUGAUGGGCAUCUAUGUGGGCUUGCUGAGCGCUUUGGACGCCGCCACGUGGGGCUCCUUUGCCGAGUUUGGGGUCUGGUGGGAGACAGGGAUGGGCUGCCAGGCCAGCGGCUUCCUGGCCAUCUUCUCGUCCGAGUCGUCGAUCCUGUUCCUGAUGUUGGCAGCAGUGGAACGGAGUGUCUCAGUACAUGAGCUGCUGAGGAAGGAGGAGAGGCAGAGGGGCAGGUGUGGGCGCUUCCAGCUGGCUGCCGCGCUAUUGGCUCUCUUGGCUGGGGUGGCAGCCUGCCUGCCCCUCUUCCAUGUUGGGGAGUUCUCCUCCUCUCCGCUGUGCCUCCCCUUCUCUACUGGGGAGACCCCAUCUCUGGGCUUCACCGUCACACUAGUGCUGCUCAACUCCCUGGCCUACCUGCUAAUGGUGGUAGUCUACACGCAUCUCUAUUGUGGCCUCGGGAAGGCUGACCUAAUGGAGUCCCUCCAAGCCAGCAUGGUCCGGCAUGUGGCCUGGCUCAUCUUCACCAACUGCAUCUUCUUCUGCCCAGUGGCCGCCUUCUCCUUCGCCCCUCUGUUCACCGGCAUCGCCAACAGCCCCGAGAUCAUGAAAUCCGUCACGCUCAUAUUCUUCCCCCUGCCCGCCUGCCUCAACCCUGUCCUCUAUGUCUUCUUCAACCCCCAUUUCAAGGAGGACUGGCAGAGGCUGCGCCGUCUGGGCUGCAGCUGGAGGGAGGCCAAGACCGUGGUGGUGGGGGCGGCGGGCGGGGUCACCCAGGAGGGGAGGUCCACCCCGGAGUUCAGCUAUGACUGCAGUGUGUACUCCCAGCUCCAGGGUAACCUAGCCAUCUGCGACUGCUGCGAGUCCAUCCUGCUCACCAAGCCCUCCGCCUGCAAACACUUGGUCAAGUCGCACAGUUGCCCGGCCCUGGCCGUGGUGCCCUGCCAACGGGCAGAGGGCUAUUGGUCAGACUGUGGCACCCCCUCUGCCCAGUCAGAGUACGCUGACGAGGGGGACUCUUUCGUGUCCGAUAGCUCAGAUCAGGUUCAAGCCUGUGGCCGGGCCUGUUUCUAUCAGAGCCGUGGGUUUCCUCUGGUCCAUUAUUCUUACAACAUCCCUCGCAUCAAAGACUAAAACCCAGAGUCACUCAGAAAGGCCUGUUUUGUGUGUGUGUGUGUGUGUGUGUGUGUGUGUGUUU